GCGAAUGCUACUGUACUGGGCGCUGCAUCAGUCUACCGUGGAUCAAAACCACGUACGUCUGUCGCCACUGGCGAGAACUUGCCUUGGCUAGUCCAACGAUAUGGGCAAGUUCGACGUGGGAUUUACCAAAGGACAUGCCGUUCGAGUGGAUAGAAAGGCUCACUUUACGCGCAGCCCUCAUGCCGAUCUCUUUGAAAGUUUCUUUUCUUACCGAUACCCGCGCUUCCCAGAAGAUGACCUUUAUGCGUCAGAAUCUCCACCGCAUCGCCAACUUGAGCAUAGCCAGCGACGGUGACCGUAAUGGAAUACCGCCAAUGGAAAUACUUUCGAUCUUUUCAGAGGCCGCACCAUCCCUCAUUCGCCUCUCUCUCAAAAUCCGCCCUCUACAACCGGCAUCUCUUCCGCCUUUUCACCAGGCCACUUCGCGCCUGCAGGAGCUUAAACUCGACGGCUUCGAGUUCUUCGCACUCGAUCCGGCGACGCGAAUAUUUGAAAAUCUGAUAUCUCUUAACGUCAGCCUUUGCUCUGAAGAGUCCGCCUCACUCCGCGAAUUACACGUUGCGUUGUCGACCAUGCCAUCCUUGGAAAAGCUUGUCAUAUAUCCCAGUACGAUACCUGAUGUCGCAAGCGAAUCUCCGUGGAGACUUCCACAUCUAACUCUCCUACACCUCCAGAGUCUCAAGCUCUGCGUUUCUGUACAUGCAUUGAACACGGUUUUAGAUAGUUGGUCAAUCCCUUCCGUGGCCUUCCUCGACCUCAUGAUACGAUGCGAAAUUCCGUUCAUUUCGGAUUUGGACAGAGCCUUAUACACUUUAUCUUCACGGCACUCACACAUUCCAGUGCUGUCGAAACCUUGGCCUUUGUUGGACAUAGCGGACUCUCCAACCACCUAUUAUUUCAAUACUGAACUCGCCAUCUACAACGAGGACAGAUCCUUCUCAAUGUCUGUAGAAAUAACAGAUCCGACUGUCCACCAACCAUCUAGAACCUAUGUAGAGCUCGCCCUCGUUUCACUCCUGACGAAACUGCCAAUUGUUGACCGAGUGCAGAGACUCUCGGGCGAAGUAAUGCAUUUCCUGUGGCGUCCAGAGAUAUGGUCUCAGGCGUGCUCCCGGAUGUCAUCUUUAACAGACGUCUCUGACCUGCUCGGGGACUAUGAUGAGGAGCAAAACAGCUUGAUACAGGAAGCUGCCCUGCGCGCGGCGAAGGGGUCUUGA